AAGCAGUAUAUAUAGGAGUUACUUUUACACUCUUGCAGGCAGAAAGUCUCUCUCUUUCCGGCUUGGACGGAAACCCAGUGUUUCCUGAGAGAGAGAGAGAGAGAGAGAAAUGGGUAGAAGCCCUUGUUGUUCAAAAGAAGGAUUAAACAGAGGGGCAUGGACAGCCAUGGAAGACAAGAUUCUCACUGAUUACAUUAAAGCCAAUGGCGAAGGAAAAUGGAGGAACCUUCCCAAGAGAGCAGGUCUCAAGAGAUGCGGAAAGAGUUGCAGGCUGCGAUGGCUGAAUUACCUAAGACCUGAUAUUAAGAGAGGGAACAUUACCAACGAUGAAGAAGACCUCAUCAUCAGGCUUCACAGGCUCCUUGGGAACAGAUGGUCUCUGAUUGCGGGAAGGCUCCCAGGGCGAACAGACAAUGAAAUAAAGAACUACUGGAACACGAAUAUCGGGAAGAAGGUGCAAGGCCACCCGAGCGCCAUGUCCAACCGGAAGCCGAAGGGAAAGCCGGUGGCCGGAAAAGAGCUGCGAGGCCAUGCCGUGUCCGACGCCGCCAUGGACUCCUGCGUGGUCCGGACCAAGGCGUCGAGAUGCACCAAGGUUUUCAUCACCGACCCAGACCCCCAGCACGGUGCCAGUACUUUCCCGGGCGACCACCAGCCUGGCCCGGUGGCGGGAUCCGAGCCUGCGAACGAGGCCCCUGCAGGGCCGGCGAACGCCAUGCAAGACAACGGCGGGUCCGGCUGCGAUCAGUUCAUGAUGAUGAACUUCGAAGUGGACGACAAGUUCUUGUCCGAUUUUCUCAACACUGAUUUCGCUCCACUCUCUGAGUUUGAUCAAACGGGCGGGUUGGAACUAGAUGGCAACAUCAAUGAUACGAACACGAGCUCCUCGUCGCCGGAAAAUUCCGACCAAACCCUACUUCUGUCCGAUGAUAAGCUGUUCAAUGACUCCGAUUUCCAGUUUCUUGAUCCGGCCAGCAUGGACUGGCUUCAAGAACAGCAAAAGAUAAGGGGCCUAAAUUAAAACUUCAUUGCAAACAGUAAUUAAGUUAAAUAAUUAGAUGUUACUUAAACUAAUUAAUUGGCCCUACCUAGCUAGCUGCUUGUAUAUAUUUGGUCUGAUCAUGGGUUGCCCUUCUUAAUAAGAAAGAAUUAAUCCCUGUUAUCCAUCAUCA